AUGGCGGAAUGGUUCCACAACCCCUUAACCUUAUUCGGAGAAGCACACAACUUGGAGAAACUAAGAAAAGUACUAUUUGGUUUUAGAAUGGGGGUCAAGCAUGCAUAUGGAAUGAAGUAUUUUGGAGGAUUAAUGGCGGGGAUACGCUUCCAGUCCCCGUCUGAUGUCGAGGAAUUCUUAUCAAAGAAGAACUACUGGGGUAUAUGGUUCAAAGAUUUCAAGGAGGGAAAUACAAUGGAAGGAGUUUUCGAUAGGAUAGCUUGGUUAAAAAUUGUUGGCCUCCCAGUGAACCUCUGGAAUGAAGAAACCCUCUCCAGAAUUGCCAAUGAAUUCGAUAAGGUGAUAGAGCCAGUUGAGAUUCUGCCAAGUAUUCAGGACCUGUCCCUAGGGAACAUCUACAACCUGACAGAAAACAAAAAGAAAAUCAACGAUGAAUUAUUGGUGGAAAUAAAUUGA